AUGUCCAUGGGGAUCUCCCCCGAUUUCACGCCAGGUUUUGCGAUCAACAUGGACACUUUACAGCUGAUCGUGGAGAUAUAUGAUGGCUAUCUUGCGGACAUCGUUCUGGCUCUCCCCAGUCGCGUACUCUACGCCGGAUCCAAACCCGUCCAAGCUUUGCGUUCGACAUGCGACGUCAUGCUUGCCAUACUGGGUCAUACACGGCUCGACGGCUACCCUCUACCCACCCCGCACCCGUUCACCCAACAGCUCGUGCGCGCUCUUCACGACCCGACGGGUGCCAUGAUACGAGAGCUCCCGGCCUUUCGCCCGCUUCCGCCACGGACCGGUCAAGAUGCUCCGUGGUCGGCAGACGUAUUCCCUAAAUGGUAUCUUGAUGCGCAUGUAGCCGAGCCGGAUUGGGUACCGUUCGACGCGGGCGCGCACAUUUGCAACCACUACAGUCGCCUGGUGAACUCGCAGAAUCCCACGAAUGUCCCGACAGGGACGCAGCCGUCGCCUCUCGAGUCGUCUUCGGCGAGGAACUCAGCUUCCGACGUAGUCCGCACAGCCGCCGAGUGUCAGAAAAGGCUGCAAGACAUAGAAAAAGAUCUUUCUGUCUUAGAGGGAGAUGUGCAGGAUAUUCUUCGUGGCGCCCAAAGAAUAUGGGAUGAGGACUACCGUGUAUAUCGGGAUGUGCAUGACCGCUGGCAGAAUAUCAAGUCCCCCGAAUGA